CUCACUGACAGUUGCAAAGAUGUCGGCUACUAGGUUAAAAUAUCUCUUAACAAACAAUUUAUACAACUUUUCACGCAUAUCCACGGCUUUAAAUCAUGUCAACAAAGUCGCAGAAACAGCUAAUGUUAGGUUGUAUUCCUCAGAAGAGAAACAACAAGAUAAUGUUUCUGUUGGCGUUAAAGAGGAUAUAAGUAAGGCUAUGAAAGCUUAUUUGCAAAGGGCUAGAGAACAUGAUGAAUUUAUGGAACAGGAGAGGCAUGAAUAUCAGAUCGGCAAGAGGCAUUUGGCUAAUAUUAUGGGAGAGGAUCCUGAGACGUUCACACAGGAAGAUAUAGAUAGAUCUAUUCAAUAUCUCUUCCCCUCCGGUCUCUUCGACCCGAGAGCCAGACCGAUAAUGAGGCCCCCGGAAGAAGUUUUUCCUCAAAGAAAGGCUGCAGAGUUUGAUGAAACCGGCAGACCGUUUCAUAGCUUGUUUUAUACAAUGAGACCGAAUUUUUAUCAACUUUUAUAUGAUAUUGCCGAACACAUAAAUAAUUUACACAAAUUCCAAGACCAAAUGAUUAGGAAAGGACAAAAACCAGAUCCGUCACAAGUAAUAGAUACUUCAGGUUCGGUCUGGUUAGGCAAAGAAGCCCUAGAAGAUAUGGUUUUAGAACAAUUAAUAGACAAAGAGUAUAAUAAUUUCGUUAGUGCCAUGGAUCGUCUGGUCGCCGAGCCUUAUUCUUAUAGAAUUAAAGACUUUAUUGAAAAAUUUAGAAAGCCUUUGAUGAGCCAAACCAAGACUUAUGAAGUUCCUAAAGUCAAAUACGGGGAGGAUGGACGAGCUUAUAUUACCACUUAUGAGUGUUUGAGAAAAAGAGCAAGAGGUGAUGUUACAAUUCGAUCACCCGGUACUGGAAAAAUCACAAUUAACGGGGAGGAUAUUUCAUAUUUUAAGGAUACACAGCCUCGAGAACAGCUGCUCUUUCCUUUGAUUUUCACCGGAAUGAACGGCAAAGUUGACAUUGAAGCCAAUGUGGAGGGCGGCGGCCCUUCUGGCCAGGCUGGGGCCAUCCGUUGGGGCAUCGCAUGGGGCCUGAGGAGCUUUGUUGAUCAGGAAAUGAUUGAGAAAAUGAGAUUGGCCGGCCUGCUCACCAGAGACUACAGAAGGAAAGAGAGAAAGAAGCCCGGACAGGAGGGAGCGAGAAGGAAGUUCACUUGGAAGAAACGCUAAGGCAGAUCACUAUAAUAAAAGUAGUGGAUAGAUAGAUAUAAACAUAAAC